CCCAAAAUUUCUUUGGCGGUGUAUCAGCCCACUAGGCGCGAUGAUUUGGACCAAUUUUUUUUCUAUUCGCGCUUCAAUUUUUCCAACCUAAAGAAACCCUCACAUAACUCAUAAACCAGAACUCAAACCCUCGCCCCCAACAUUUUCUCUCUCAUCUACAAUUCUAAAUACUCAAAAUACUGAUUCAAUUCUCUACGAACAUCUUUGUAACUAUAUUUUCACUACAAAUUGGUGAAUCUUGCUAAAAAUUAGAAGAAUUGAGGUGGAGUUUGAGCUGGUGGUGGCGGCAUCGGGUGUUGUCCGGCGUUAGUGCUUCUUCGAUCGGACGGAUUCAAUGGGAAGACGAAAGAAGCUUCGAACAGUGACUCUUCAUUCACAUGAAGAUUCUGAUACUCAGGGAGCUAGUGGAAAUAUUGUGGACACUCCAAGAAAUAUGACUCCUGUAUCAGCAAGUCUAGAAGAACUAGAAGAUCAGAUGAUUGAUGAGAAUUUAGAGAAUGAAGAUGUUGAAGAUUCUGAAACCUCUACUAAGAAACGCAGAGGACCUACUUUAAUGGCACAUAUUUGGAAUCAACCUAAGGAAACGAGAAUAGUUCUGAGGUGGAAUAAAUGUUGGCAACCAAUUGGCGAUGAACAUUCUGAUCUUGCUCACUUUAUUGGAACUGUAGCACGAAAUCCUCGAUUAUGUCCCUUGGUAUAUGAUGAGUGGAGACUGGAAAAAAACGAACAGAAGCACUUGAUAUUGUGA